ACACUAACUCGGUGAUAUUGUUGUUGGGCAUUUCAACCCAGUGAUACAGUACUCCAGUCACUUUUGUAUGUACAUGGCUUGUAUAAGGGACAAAAGGUAUCAACAUCAUCAACAAACAAUGUCGGGCGCUCGUGAGCAACAAUAUUGGCUUCCUGGCUAUGGUCUUUCUCGCCAUAUUGUACUCGGACAUAUACAAUAUUUCCUUGGUCCCAGUGCUUCAGCUAGGCCUUUCACCUACCAGGGACGUGAGGGCUAUCUGAUCAACGGAAUGCCUCUAACGCGAGAGCAAAUCAACGACCUAGCUGUGAUGUCCAGGGAAUAUGAACGGCAAGAAGCGGCCAGGAUGACUACCCACGCAGGCCUGGAUACCUCAUAUUCCGGACAAGCAUCAGAGCCUUAUAUCAAUGAGCCUAUCCCGGUUCAUCAGCGUCCUCAGGCUCGCAGACGCCCACAUCGGAUCGAUAAUCGUCGAGCUCGUUGAGGUCGCACACCACACGCAUGACCUUGGACAUAUACAAAGGGUAUUAUCUCAGCAAAUUCACUUUGCUGCAAGCUUUGAUACUUUUUUCUUUCCAAUUCUCCUGUAUAACAAUAACAAGGGACGGCUCUUUGUUAUAUCUUUUUGCUGG